CCAGUACUCGGACAAGAUUCAUCCAAGAAAAGGACCGAAGGGAAGCUGGCGUCGGACAACAACUGCAGCAUCUCCAAUCACGACCAGGCCACCGGAUCUUCCCACCUCAUCCUGUCCUUCCCCAGACCGCAGACCACAGGCGCUGUGCAGAUCGAAGCCUUGCCUCAUCGGGUGCGACUUACACCACGCACCACCACCACCCACCACGCACUGCGCAACGUCAACCUCCUCCGAGUCCCCAACACUUGCUCCUCCUUCUGCUUCUUCCCUCCCAUCUUUCUUCUCCUCUUUCCGCUCUCAUUCUACAACUAUCGCAGCAUCACCUUGCUUAAACUCGACUCAGCCUCCCUUUGCGCGAACUGCGCCUACGCCCGCGCCUGCCACCACAACCUUGAACCAACCACCCCCCCGCCCAUCCCGGCACCUUCAGUCCGGGGCAACUCGGCACCUACACCCAGCAAGCACCCAGCACUCAGUACGAGCGCAAGCACCGCCAGCCUGUGCACGAGCAGAAGAAAGGCAGCCACGGCACACUCGGUGCCAUCCAUCGUCAUUCUGUCCUGUCCUGUCCAUCUUCUCUUCUUCAACAUACCGAACGACAUAAUCAACUUUACAUACCAAUAUCCGAUCGCAUCCAAUCCCAUUCCAUUUACAUACACCCAUACCACACCUCCUCCUCCCCACACCACGGCCUUCACCAUGUUCGGAAUCCAGCAUCACCCAGACCUAACUCGGAAGAGAGGACGUGACGAUGAGGAGGACAUGCACAAUGGCACUCUGAGCUUUGGUGAACACAGAAACAAACGCCUUCAAUGCCUACCCCUCCGAACAUCGCCGACCUCCUCGAAGCGCUGGUCGACACCCGUUAUACCGCUCAACGCCGCUCCUUGCACUCUGACACCAGGCGACUCGGACUCGGAGGAACAGCCCAGGUCACACUUCUCGCCAUGGUCGUCAUCACCCGCGCCCAUGUCUUGCCAGCCCUCGCCCUUUGGUCCGACCGAGCCCGAUCGUGACAUGGACAUGAUGGACACAAUGUCGCCGCCUCCUGUCCCGCAGCAGCACAUCCAGUCAGACCAGCCCGCCUCUGUCAACGGCCGUAUGCCCACCCCGAUUCAGCCAAACUUUGCCUCCCAAUUCAUGAAUGGCGGCUCCUCAGCGCGCGACUGGCGCGGCCCGGGUCCCGCGGUGAGCCAUCGUACCGGCGUAGUGAAUAUGGGCCACAUGCACGCCGGCUUCGGCAGCGACGAGUCCCGUUCCAUUCCUCGUACCAUGGAAGGCACCGACGAUUGGCACAACAUCCAGAAUCGCCGUCUGCCGUCGCCUAUUAGUGAAGGCGAGGACUCGGCGAGCCAUCUGGGCAGCGGAAGCCUGAGCCCCCCGGGAAUGGUCCUCGAUAACGGUUUCCCGUCCAACCUGACUGCCCGCUUAGAACAGUCGUCUCUCAACGGACACGAUCAUCACGAUAUGGGCAUGAUGGAUGUGGAGGACCACUCACACAUGAUGAGUGAUGAUCCCGUCAUCACUACCAUUGACGCCGCUCCCCUUGAAACGACGUCAGCACCGGCAACACCCUCGCCUGGACGCAAGGGACACAUUCGAUCUAGGCACACUGUCAACUCGUGGACUUGGCAGCCUGGCAUGAAGAAGAGCUUCAGCAUCGGUUACCGUGCUGAUUGCGAAAAGUGCCGCCUCAAGGUGCCGGGCCACUUUAAUCACAUUGUUGUCUCAUAG